AUGAGGCCAAGUCCGUCGCUACAAGGACACUCUGAAGGCUCCCCUGAGGUGUCUGGCGAUCAACCCGCAAACUGGGAGGACCUCGCCCACGACCGACCGACCUGGAGGAGGACAGUGAAGACGGGCACAGUGAUCUACGAAGCCAACUGCAUCGUCGUCGCCAAAGCCAAACGCCAGACUCGCAAAUCCCAACUGCGCCCAUCUCGCGGCGCCAACGCCCAACCACCCGCCACCUGCCCAAGCUGCCAACGGACGUUCGAGGCACCAAGCAGCUUUGUAGGACAUCUUUGUAUCAACCACAUCAGCCGGACUACGUCACUUGCCCUCUCCUUGUCCUACUCUGCCCCAUCCUUCACGCCGACGACGAAUAUUGACCGCACUCCCGAAUCCCCACUGCCAUCCUCCUCCUCCUACUCCUUCACUGCCUCAGCAUCCGCUACGGCGGCUCCUGUGCCCACCACAGUGCACACAUUUCUGACACACCAACAAACAUCAGCCCCCACCAAAGACCUCAUCGACGUGGACUCGAUCCAUGCCUGUCCUCAUUGCGAUCGCACCUUCACAUCACACAUCGGCCUGAUCGAUUACCUGCUAAUCCAUCGCACAGAAACUGUCGAACCAGUGCUUGGAGUAUCCGCAUACACUCGCCGCAUUCGCCUCCACUGUCCACACUGCCCCUGCACAUCUUAUUCAACGCAUGGGUCUAUUCGGUAAAAUGCGUAUCCACGGGAGAGGGAUUGACCACAGCCUCGACAAACCUAGCAUUUCCUGCCCAUCUACCAUGCCCAGCCCCGCCCUCACUCCGUCGCCCUGUGCGGCCAACACCACCACCAGCACACCCAGCUCAUCUUGCACAUCUACCGUGCCUACCACCGUACCACGCCGUUGGCCAGCGUGUUCACCAUCAGCAGCUCCACCGUUGCCACCAUCUCCGAAACCAAUACUGACAUCGCCGACUUUUCCUGCCCACAAUUUCCCCGUACAUUCACCCCACUCAUCGGCCUGGUCGGUCGCUUGCGAAUCCAUCGCACAGAGACUGACAAACCAGUGCCUGGAGCACCAACAUACACCAGACUCAUCCGCCUCAACUGCCCUCAAUGCACUCGCACAUCCACCCACGGCAUGGGCCUAUUAGGCCGCAUGCGCAUUCACGAAAACUUGCGGUAG